GAUGGUCAAGAUGACAUUGAUAGUUACUUACAACGCUUUGAAAGAUUUGCAAAGUUACAUAAGUGGAAUAAGGAAGAUUACCACGUGUACUUGGGCUCAUUACUUAGAGGUCACGCGCUUAAAGUUUACGUAUCGUUGCCUGAUGAUACCGUAAGUAAUUACGAAAAGCUGAAGGAAGCUUUGCUUAGAGCUUAUUCCGUGGACGCCGACAUGUACAGACGUAAAUUUCGGGAAAGUAAAUGUCAGGAUAGAGAGACGUACGUCCAGUUGGUUGCUCGAAUGGAACAAUAUCUCGAACGGUGGAUCUCCCUGAGCAAUAUUUCAAAAGAUUUUAAUUCACUCUUUGAUUUUUUAAUAAGGGAACAACUACUUAGUAACUGUAAUUCUGAUAUGAGAAUCUUUUUGAAGGAACGUGAGUUUGUAACUGCAGUAGAGAUGGCAGAGUCGGCUGACCGAUUUCGGAGCGCACACUUGUACCGCGGUAAGAGAACUAAUCAGACUCCAAUCUUCAAAGCGACCCAGUCAGUUAAGGAAGGUGUGAAAUUGCCAACUGAACCCUAUCCUCCUGAUGAUCCAAGCCUUCCUGUACCUGAUAAAGCUGACCUUCCACCCUCAAUCCUUCCUAACCAUCUUGAUGCUAAGGACCCAAGCAGUCUGAUUCAUCCUGAGACUUCCUCUCCUAUCCUCACCCUUUAUUGA